GUCGCAUCUAAUCAGUUUGUUUAGUUUACUUUUACCGGUCGGUUCAUUACGUGACAAACACGACGUCCACAACAACGGUAGACAGAGUACAGUUAAUAAUUCAUGAAAGGAAAUGCCAACGACGGUUAUAGCUUCCUUUCUGCGUAUUCUAUGCUAGUUUAUGAAUCGUGCUAUGAAAUUUAAAUAUUUACUAAGCAGAUAGUUCUCGACGGAGGUCCUUGUGCAGAAUCGUGAAUGUUCGUGACACGUGCAGUUUUUUUCAGUUGAUAUUCUCUUAUUGUCGUGCCAUCAGCUCAUGCCUAGAGCGAAGUCGUAGAUUAGCUCAUAUCCAAUCAAACCUCGAUUCCGAUUAAUAUUUGUACUGCUAGCGAAAAUCGGCGCCUUGGAAGGUGAAACGGCCACACAACGGGUACGGAGCGCCCAUCAAACGCGACCGAAGACGGCAACGAAGAAGAUUUGCCAAUCCGAAGCUGACGUGAUGAUCGACAACGACGACGAGGAUGAUUACGAAGGAUACUUCCUUCGUCCGGCAAACGAGUACAACAUCAAGGAGAAAAUUAAGCUGGCGAACCAGGAAUCGUUCGCUAUCCCGACACCUCCAUCACCAAAAUUUCUAGCUGGUGAGCGAAGAGUCACCUUUAGGGCACAGUUAGUGGAUUACGAACCGGACGAGUACAGUGACGGAGAAGAACAGGAAGGCGAUUAUACGGUCACGAAUGGCGAUGUCCAUGAAGGGUCUGAAUCAUCGCCGGAAAUGAACGAUCAUUCGGAAAGUAAAAAUCCCACUGGCGAUAUGGAUGAGGUUGACGAAGAUAUUAUCGAAGAGCUCAGCAUUAACGAUCCCCCCGAAGAGGAAAUCGAAUCACGCGUAGAAACAGUGCACGAUGAAGAAGAACAAGCAGAGGAAGAAGACGAGGAAGAGGAGCCAGAAGAUGACGAGGAGUUGGACGAUGAGGUAACGGAAUCCAGCUUGGACACGGAAAUUCACAAUCCAGAAACGGCAAGCGAGGACAGCAGCAGUCCCACAAAGGCUCGUGCAAGCGAAGAAGGUUCCGGUUCCGGAGAAGGACAAGAAAUCAAUUACUCUGAAGAUUCGCAAAAUGAUGAAGACAACUCUGAAGAGAGAGCUAUCCUAAAAGAACAACUGAUGAGAGAAUCACUCUCGUAUGAUAACGAGGGUGUCGACAACGAAGACGAAACACAAGAUCAGUACGAAGAUGACGAGGACGAGGAAGAUGGUAGAGAUAGUCCUCUACAAGCACAUUUGGAAAAGCGAUCUGCAAAAUGCCAGCGGAAGUGUUGCCGUUUCAAGAAGCAUGUUAAUGAAAAACUACCGUAUUACAAUGGCUAUCACUCGGAGUAUGGGCUUUCGAAGGCUGAGCUAGACGCAAAGAAGAAACGCGUGGAGGCAAAGAAAAAGCGGUUUCAAGAGCGCUUUCAACGCAAAGUAGAGGAACAGCAAAUAAAGGCACAAACGAACGAGGAAGCUUUUGCAACUUGGUUGAACAAAAAGUUGAAAAAUUCCAUUAACAAGUAUCAAAAUAUGUAUGACUUCAGAGGAAAGAAACAUAGAAGAAGACUCUCGAAGGAUUCCUCGACCCUGACAGCAGUAGCCUGAAAGCUUAACAGGUGUGAAAUAAAUGUACUGAAAUUAAGAAAGUCUGUGCAGUCCAUGCAAACGAACUAACGAAUAAAUCAUAACCUGAAUUAGUGUGAAUUGCACUUCAAUCGCGAAAAUUAAAUUUAAUAAA